GCGGGGCGGCGCGGGGAUUGGCGGCGGGCAGGGCGCACCUGUGUGACGCGGAGGGCGGGGCGCACCUGUGUGACGCGACGCGGCGCGGCGCAGGGAGGUGGCGGGCGGCCAUGGCUCCUCGGCGGCUCCUCCCGCUGCUGCUGGCGGUAGCUGCGGCCGCCGCGCUCGGCCCCGAGCCGGGGGUGCUCCGCGUGCCCGAGCACUGCCUGCUGCCCAAGGUGGUUGGGAGAUGCCGGGCUUCCAUGCCACGGUGGUGGUUUAACGCCACCAGCGGCUUGUGUCAAAGCUUCGUCUUUGGUGGCUGCAACGCCAACCUCAACAACUUCUUGACGGAGCAACAGUGCCAGGCGAGCUGCGCCCGGAGCGGGGUUGCGAACAAGCCUGGACAUCCUGCUGAGGAAGCCAACGACUCCUUCAGCUAUGAAGAGUUCUGCAUGGUCCCCCAGGUGACCGGCCCGUGCCGUGCCUCGUUCUCCCGGUGGUACUACAGCCCAGCCAACCGCACCUGCAAGCAGUUCAUCUAUGGGGGCUGCCAGGGCAACAAGAACAACUACCAGAAGGAAGAGCAGUGCAUGCGUCGCUGCAGCCCGGAGCCAGGAAAAACUGGCAGCACUGGUCCAGAUUUCCAUUCUCACCUCCUCUCCACCAAAAAUGUGGCUCUCGCGGUGCUGCUGGCCGUCCUGGCAGCCGUCCUGCUGGGCUACAUGAUCGAUGUCUCUGUCAAGAUGUGCAGGAAGAGCCCGGAGCUGACAGCAGGCACAGCCUGGAGCCGCCUGGAUGACAAGGAAUACCUGAUGAGCAAUGCUUACACGCUCUGAAGGCUGCUCGCUCCACAGCCCCCUACGGCUUGGGCCCCGAGCUCACGCUGAGCUGGGCCUGGGCAUGUAUAUAAUAGAGAAUGGCCCCUGUGUCUGUCUCCAGAGAGGGUGAAUUCGACCCUCGCACGCUGGGCUGCUAGCUGUAAACCUCCUGGGCUGGGUAGAGCCGUUUCUGAGGUGCAUUUCAGGCACCUGGGCUCUGACUUCACUCUUUUUUUCUUCUUCUUUUUCUUUUUUUUUGAGGGGGCAUUUUUUUUUUAAUCAUUUUGUAACUAAAUGAUUGUUGUAAAUCAAUAGUGGAAGUCAUGGGCACCUUGGAUGGUGCCAGCAACCCCCUCCUGCCCCAGCACUCCAGGCUCUGCCUCAGCCCCUACACCCAAGUGCCUGCUCGAGGGGUCCCCCGUGGUGUCCCCUGCACCCGCUGUGCAGUGCAGCGGGCUGGGCGCUGGUUCAGUCUGGCUUCCCUGACGUGUGGGUUUACCUGCUGCCCAAGCUUGCCAGCACCCAAAGGUGGCGGAGACCCUGCAGCUCCCAGCAUGUGGGUGUGCAGAAGCCCCUGUGCCCGGGCUGGGGGUGUCGUGGUGUCCGAUGCGGGCAUGCCCACGGCUAGAAACACCAGCAUGGCUCUGCAGAGGCCUGCGAGCGCAGGAACCAGCUGGACCUGGUCUCCCCUCUGUCACAGCAGCUCCUGCCCGGUUCCCAGCCAUCCCUGUGGCCUUACACGUGUUCAGACCCAUCUCUGAGCGCUGCUCAGGGCUGCAGCUGGCCUCGCAGGUGCCUGGGGGGCAGAUGGGCCGUGGCGUUCCCCACCCUGGGGCGGCCGUGGAGCAGCUGCAAAGCUGGCUCGGCUCGGCGGGUCUGCAGGGCCCUGGCCCCUGGAAAAGGCUGUGACUUGCCCUCCUCUCCCACCCGUCAGGUUUCCUCCAGCUGCUCCGAGCUGGGCACAAGCCCUGGGCAGCCCCCCAGCUGCUUCGCUGGGGUGGGGAUGGGUACCCCUUUCCGGCUCAGCCGUGGGGCUGCCCCUGCUCCCACCGCUGCAUCCUGCCCCCCCCGAGCCUGGCGCAGCCCCCAGGGACUUGCGCUGGCCCCACUCUCCCCGCACGACGCCCCAGGCUGAGCCUCUGGGGCCUGCAGCAGUCCCUCCUCUGCUUUCUCUCAGGGGUGCUUCAUCUGGGGUAUUUGUGACUAUUAUUGAUGUGUCUAAUCUGUCUGGUCUAGUUUUUAAUUUUUUUUUUUUUUUUUUUUUACACAUUAGAGGAAUUUCUCUGAAUAAAGGGAGAUGUGAACCACC